AAUUAGCUUCAAAUAAAUAAAAUAAAAAUGUCAUCUUUAUCAUUCAUACCUUAGAGGAGGCAUCUGUCUUCUCCCAACACGAAAUCGACCCAAAGUCUCCACCUUUCGAUCCAAUCCAUGGCCGUUGAACAAGUAACCGACGACUCUCCUCCCUCUUCCACUCCCAAAGCCUCCCCCUUGGGAUCCUCCGUGAUUCCCAUCGUCAACAAGCUCCAAGACAUCUUCGCCCAGCUCGGAACCCACUCUUCAAUCGAGCUCCCUCAGGUAGCCGUCGUCGGGAGCCAGAGCAGCGGUAAGUCCAGCGUCCUCGAAGCCCUCGUCGGCCGAGACUUCCUCCCUCGCGGCAACGACAUCUGCACUCGCCGCCCUCUCGUCCUCCAGCUUGUCCAGACCAAAAGCAAGUCUAGUGGAGGAUCCGACGACGAGUGGGGAGAGUUUCUCCACUUGCCUAGCAACCAUCGUAUCUACGACUUCUCUGAGAUUCGCCGUGAAAUUGAGGCUGAGACGAAUAGGUUAGCGGGAGGGAACAAAGGUGUUAAGGACAAGCAGAUUCGUUUGAAGAUAUUUUCUCCCAAUGUGUUGGAUAUUACGCUUGUGGAUCUUCCUGGGAUCACCAAGGUGCCUGUGGGUGACCAGCCGACUGAUAUUGAAGCGCGUAUUAGAACCAUGAUCUUGUCUUAUAUUAAGCAGCCUAGCUGUUUGAUACUGGCUGUUACUCCUGCUAAUUCCGAUUUGGCCAACUCUGAUGCGCUUCAGAUUGCAGGGAACGCUGAUCCUGAUGGUCACAGAACUAUAGGUGUUAUCACAAAGUUGGAUAUCAUGGACAAAGGUACCGAUGCUCGUAAUCUACUUCUUGGGAAAGUUGUGCCUUUACGACUUGGAUAUGUGGGAGUCGUAAACCGUUGCCAGGAGGAUAUUUUACUAAACCGUUCAGUCAAGGAUGCACGUAGCGCAGAAGAGAAGUUCUUCCAGAGUCGUCCAGCUUAUCAUGGUCUUGCUGAUCGUCUGGGUAUCCCUCAGCUAGCGAAGAAGCUAAAUCAGAUUCUUGUUCAACAUAUCAAGGCCCUGCUUCCUGAUUUGAAGUCGCGUAUAAGUAAUGCUUUGGUUGCUACAGCUAAGGAGCAUCAAAGCUAUGGUGAAAUUACAGAGUCCAGGGCUGGUCAAGGAGCUCUUCUCCUCAACUUUCUUUCAAAAUACUGUAAAGCAUACUCUUCAUUGUUGGAAGGGAAAAGUGAAGAAAUGUCUACAUCCGAGCUCUCCGGAGGAGCAAGAAUUCACUAUAUUUUCCAAUCAAUCUUUGUUAAGAGUUUGGAGGAGGUUGAUCCGUGCGAAGACUUGACAGAUGAUGAUAUUCGGACUGCGAUCCAGAAUGCAACUGGUCCAAGAUCCGCAUUAUUUGUUCCGGCCGUUCCAUUUGAAGUUCUUGUAAGGAGGCAGAUAUCUCGUUUGCUAGAUCCUAGCCUUCAGUGUGCCAGGUUCAUUUUUGAUGAGCUCAUAAAGAUUAGCCAUAAAUGUAUGAUGAAUGAGUUGCAGCGCUUCCCUGUCCUGAGAAAGCGCAUGGAUGAGGUUAUUGGGGAUUUCCUGCGAGAAGGUCUUGAACCCUCAGAAGCAAUGAUCGGGGAUCUCAUUGAUAUGGAGAUGGAUUACAUAAACACUUCACAUCCAAAUUUUAUUGGUGGAACCAAGGCCGUGGAGGCUGCAAUGCAUCAUGUGAAGUCUUCAAGGAUUCCCCAUCCUGUGGCACGACCAAAGGAUACAGUGGAACCUGAUAGAACAUCUUCUUCUUCCGCAAGUCAAGUGAAAUCUCGAUCUUUUCUCGGAAGACAAGCUAAUGGAAUUGUUGUAGAUCAGGGAGUUGUAUCUGCAGAUGCUGAAAAGGCUGCACCAGCUGCAAAUGCGAGUGAAUCAAGAUGGGGCAUUCCUUCAAUUUUUCGAGGGAGUGAUAAUCGGGGAGUUACCAAAGAAAACUUCGUAAACAAACCGUUCAGUGAAGAUGUUGAGGAUAUGUCUCAGAACAACUCAUCGAUGAUCUACCUGAAGGAGCCCCCGGCUGUCUUGAGGCCUUCCGAAACCCAUACAGAACAGGAAGAUAUUGAAAUUCAGAUAACAAAGCUCUUACUUAAAUCAUACUAUGACAUUGUGAGGAAGAAUAUUGAGGACUUAGUACCAAAAGCAAUCAUGCAUUUCCUGGUAAACCACACGAAACGUGAGCUGCACAAUGUCUUCAUCAAGAAGCUUUACAGGGAGAACUUGUUUGAAGAAAUGUUGCAAGAGCCAGAUGAGAUAGCAGGUAAGAGGAAACGCACUCAGGAGACUCUCCACAUUCUUCAGCAAGCUUACAGGACACUAGACGAGUUGCCUUUGGAAGCAGGAUCAGUCUCCAAUGGUGGUACCGAUACAACAGGCGUGUCGAAAUAUCUGGACUUGCCCACAUCUUCUUCGAUGUAUUCAACGAUCAGUUCACCAUACUCAGCAUCUCCAAGUACGGGAAGAAGAUACAGAAGAGCAGGAGAUCAACACCAAAACGGAUAUGGAUUCUGACAUGAUCCAGAAUCAAUAUAUCUGACUUGUGAUAAAUGAUAAAACGCAUUUUCACUCGGUUAGUGACUCUCAUCAGGUAUUUAGUAUAAUUAAAUUAUGUGUUGGCAAAAUGAAGAAAGUUAUAUAAGAGAAUGGAACAAGGGGUGUUGGAGUCUGCAUUGGGUUUGACUGGUGAGAGAGUUGUAAGGGAAUGAAGAAGGUGAUAUAGUAGUUUUUAUUGGGUUCAGAUGUUCCCUGUAAUGUAAGCAAUAACAGGAAGCAAACUCUUUCACUUCUAUAUAUCUUGAAUUGGUUCAAUAAUAAUGUACCCUAUUUGAGUUCCC